AUGGCCGACACCGUCUUGGGCAAGCAUCAGUUGGAGCGAGCGCUUUACGAAGAGAAGAAGGCCGUGUCGUCGGGACGUCUGAAGGAAGAGAACCCACUCGACACCAGUGCAGACUUUCGCCGCUUCUGUGAGGCGUGCCGAAGAGGAGACCUGCGGGUAUGCCAAGAACAAAUCAGCAAAGGCAUCAACAUCAACUCGCGCGAUGAGUUCGAUUAUACCCCACUAAUUCUGGCUUCUCUCUGCGGCCACUAUGAGGUCGCGCAGAUGCUCCUUGAGCAAGGUGCGCUCUGCGAGCGAGAUACCUUCCAAGGCGAGCGAUGCUUAUACAAUGCCCUGAAUGACCGGAUAAGGAACUUGCUGCUUUCCUACGACUACUCUAAGGCGACCGAUGCUCUUCAACCGCUGGCAGCGCAUAUCACUUCCCUACUCACGAGAGAUUCGCCGAAGACAGCAGACAUUGCGGUGCAUACUGGCGAGGCAACCUUAGAUUUGCACAAGUUUGUUCUGUCAGCACGCAGCCCAUUCUUCGCCCACAAGCUAGCUGCAGCACCGGAAACGACAAGCUGGAGGUUAGCCAGUAAUGUCCACCCACGGUCAUUCGAGACCUGCAUACGAUACUUGUACCUCGGUGAUGUUGGCGCCGACCUUGGUGACGGUGAGGAGGAGCAGGGUGUUCUGAAAGGCAUUGAGAAGAUGAGCCGGCAGCUAGAGAUCCCGGAGCUGUUCGAGAACAUACUACAUCCGGGUGAUAGACGACAAGCACGGCAGCGGCGGACGGAAGAGCUAGAGAAAGGCCGAGAUCAGAUGGCAAGGUGGUUCCAAAGGAAUGUACUUAAGCACAAGGUCGAAGUAGCGCGGGAGAAGGCGAACGACGUGAAGUGGGACCGAGACAACAGCAUCUUCGCCGAUGUGCUCUUGCGAGCGGACGAAGAAGACGAUGAAGCCGAAGAGGAUGUCAGUGCGGUGCAGCCACUAGAGCCGGCAGAAAGAGUUCGGCGGACUGACGGCCCUCUCAAUGGCAUCCCAAUCGGUCCAUCCUCACAACAAGCGGCUCGAUCACCUUCACGGAGACGGAACCCGAAAAGAUCGGUACUUUACCCUUGCCACCGCGCCAUGCUGCUCCGAUCAGAAGUCUUCGCCACCAUGUUCGCUUCUCCUUUUCGAGAGGGCCAGGAGGGCAAACACCUCCAUAUUGUACCUGUCGACUGCGCACCGGACGUACUGGAGGUGAUACUCACCUUUCUAUACACCGAAAAGGCAGACUUCAGCCUCGGCCUGGCGCUAGACGUGCUUCAAGCGGCCGACAUGCUUUUCAUCGAGAAGUUGAAACAGCGCGCCGCCUUGCUCAUCUCAACACUCGGCAAUGGCUCGGCUUCGGUCGUGGAGUCGGAGAACCCACGCGGCGAGACUGACCUCGAAGAUCUAAUCAAUAUCUACGACGUUAUUCGCGCUUCCUGGGACACGCGCGUACAUCGGCUCGAGGAGUUUGGCGCUCGAUACAUUGCAUACCGCCUCGAACGGUAUAUCGACGAGCCGCAGUUCAAAGAGCUGGUGCAGGAGUCUGCAUCCCGAAUCAAAGCACGUCAAGAAACGGACACUGUCGAGCUGAUUGAUGACAUUCGGUACUAUCUCUCGGACCGAUUCCGUCUGCGCUUCGAAGAUACCGGGCUGGACGAAAUGAUGGAUGAGUCUAACGACGGCGCUGUCUCUGCCACGACCGAGAACGGCAAGGAUUCAGGUGCGAAAGCUGGACAUGAUGAUGAAGGCUACAGCGGCUCGCCACCAGAGGCGGUGGGCGAUGGUCUUGCGCCAGACCUUGAGCACCUGGAGACGCAGGGUGUGGUACGGACGUUGGACGGCGAAAUUGCUGGGGAUGAGUUUGCGCAGGAUGCGAUAAAUUACCAGAUCUUGUUGGGAAAGAUUGAGCGGCUGAUGGAGAAUCUCGGGUUGGACGGAUAA